AUGUCGACUUCCGCCUUGCCGCCGUUGAACCCAUUGCUGAAGGUGUGCGGGAAGCGCACGCGGGACGUCUUUGCGGCAUGUCCAGACGACAGCAUCCAGGAGGAGCUGAAAAGCACCCGGGUGCGACUGUCCGUGAAAAUGCAUGACGAGUACCGGGAUGCGCGCGAGCUGCCUGCAGCGCUAUUGGCACAGCAAGGGGUCGUCGGCCCGUCAAGACCAAAGGACCAGCGAAAGGCGAUCACAGCAGGACCCUCAGCAGAGUCCGACGCGUCUCGCAUGAUUGCAGCAAUAGACAACACGCCCAUCCAGCAACCCUCCACCUUCGCCUCCUCCAGCAACCUCUCCGCCGCCCUCCAGCUCCACAAAACAACACGUACCAUCAAGCCGACGUACCACCCGCCAUGGAAGCUCAUGCGUGUCAUCUCGGGCCACCUCGGCUGGGUGCGCAGCGUCGCCGUCGAGCCCGGCAACCAGUGGUUCGCGACCGGCGCCGGCGACCGCGUCAUCAAGAUCUGGGACCUCGCGUCGGGCGAGCUCCGCCUCUCGCUCACCGGCCACAUCUCCACCGUGCGCGGGCUCGCCGUGUCCGCGCGCCAUCCGUACCUGUUCUCGUGUGGGGAGGACAAGAUGGUCAAGUGCUGGGACCUCGAGGCGAACAAGGUCAUCCGGCACUACCAUGGCCACCUGUCGGGCGUGUACGCACUGUCCCUCCACCCGACGCUGGACGUGCUUGUAACGUCCGGACGGGAUGCGUCGGCGAGGGUGUGGGAUAUGCGGACAAAGGCGCAGAUACAUGUGCUGAGUGGGCAUACGGCGACGGUUGCGGAUGUGAAGUGCCAGGAGUCGGACCCGCAGGUGAUCACGGGGAGUAUGGACUCGACAGUCCGGUUGUGGGACCUCGCUGCGGGCAAGACGAUGGUCACACUGACUCACCACAAGAAGUCUGUGCGUGCCCUGGCGAUCCACCCGACGGAGUACUCCUUCGCGUCUGCAUCGGCCGGCGGCAACAACAUCAAGAAGUGGAAGUGCCCUGAAGGAGCAUUCGUGUUCAACUUCAGCGGGCACAACGCCAUCAUCAACACGCUCUCCGUCAACUCGGAAGGCGUGUUCUUCUCUGGGAGCGAUAACGGGUCCCUUGCGUUCUGGGACUACGACACUGGGACUGCCUUCCAGAACAUGGAUGACAUCCCACAGCCCGGCUCGCUAGAGGCGGAAGCUGGCGUGUUCUGUUCGACAUUUGACAUGACCGGUACACGCUUGAUCACUGGUGGUGCUGACAAGACUAUCAAGAUCUAUGCCGAGCAAUCACAAUGA